UUUUACCACUGGCCCAAACGCAGGCCUUGUUCUAAUAUAAACCCUAGUUUGUUCAUUGCGUUUGCUUUCUACGUGCUUUCUAGGGUUUUCUUCCGCCGUUCUUAAUCACAGAAAGCUUUGAAGAAGAAGCUUUUGGAGGUGCAAAACAUGGGGCCGAAGAAAGGUGGAAAGGUGGCUGUGCCCGCCAAGAAGAAACAAGAGAAGGUUGUCAAUCCGUUGUUUGAGAAGCGUCCAAAGCAGUUCGGCAUUGGAGGGGCUUUACCUCCUAAGAAGGAUUUGCAUCGAUUUGUGAAGUGGCCUAAGGUUGUUCGUAUUCAAAGGAAGAAGAGGAUCCUCAAGCAGAGGUUGAAGGUUCCACCAGCAUUGAACCAGUUCACCAAGACUCUUGACAAGAACCUCGCAACAAGUCUGUUCAAGUUGCUCCUCAAGUACAGGCCAGAGGACAAAGUGGCCAAGAAGGAACGUCUCUUGAAAAAGGCCCAGGCCGAGGCUGAAGGAAAAGCCCCCGAGUCUAAGAAACCAAUUGUUGUGAAAUACGGUCUUAACCAUGUUACUUACCUUAUUGAGCAGGUUGCCCUUGAAUUUCUUCAUAUUCACCGAAUGCUUUAUUUUUAUUGUGAAUCACUUAAGAAUAAUAGUUCCUUCAUAAUUCUUUUGCAGAACAAGGCUCAAUUGGUUGUUAUUGCUCAUGAUGUGGAUCCCAUAGAGUUGGUAGUGUGGCUUCCAGCUUUGUGCAGGAAAAUGGAGGUCCCAUAUUGCAUUGUUAAGGGAAAAUCACGUUUGGGAUCGAUUGUCCACAAGAAAACUGCUUCCGUCUUGUGUUUGACCACGGUUAAGAAUGAGGAUAAGCUGGAAUUCAGCAAAGUACUCGAGGCAAUCAAGGCAAACUUCAAUGACAAGUACGACGAGUAUAGGAAGAAGUGGGGUGGCGGCAUCAUGGGCUCCAAGUCACAAGCCCGAACCAAAGCGAAGGAGAAGCUUCUUGCAAAGGAAGCUGCACAGAGGAUGACAUAGAGGAAUUAAUACACCUUUUGUCGCAGUUCGUGUUGUUGAUUAAAUAGUCUGUUGUAGUAAGGUACGAUCGAUUUUCGACUCGGGUUUACUCUUUUUUCCGGAGGAACAUUCAUAUACUUUUGUGGUUGAACUUUCUAAAUGACUAGUUUGUUGUUUGUGCUGAAGUUUUGUGAUUUUCUAAUGAAUUAUCAAUCAAUGUUUUUUAUUUUUA